AUGUGGCAAAAUAUUAUUUUCCUUGUCUAUCUUUACUUCUGUAAAACAAUUGUUUAUAGUAAAAUAAUCACUCCUGAUGAUCCAAGUACUCUUCAAUCGGCUAUUAUUUCUGCUAAUCAAGAAGAAGGAUUAGAUUCUGUUACACUUGCACCAGGUAUCUACCGUAUUCCAUUCAAUAGUCAUCCAAAUGCGAAUAUUUUAUUGACAAAUUUAAGAAAUUUUGUAAUUAAUGCUAAUAAUGUCACUUUUCUAAUGUUAGACAAUCGAAAACGAGGUAUUGUUUUUUAUAAUUGUUACAAUGUCACUAUGCGUGGUGUAAUGACAAUUCGAAAUGAUAUUAUACCAUUUUCUCAAGGUUAUAUUGAAUCUAUUGAUCAAAAAUCAUUUGUAAUAAAUAUUCAUGAUGGUUAUCCAACUACACUUGAUAAUACUAUAUAUUUUCCUAAAGCUUCAACUUAUUAUAUAUUUGAUCGAAAUACACGUCGAUUGAAAGAUCAAACAUAUGAUUAUUAUAAUCGAAAUAUUAUUCGAAUUGAUCAACGUCGAUUUCGAGUGAUGUUCGAUAAUAAUCUUGGACAAGAAAUUGUAAUUGGUGAUUUAGUUUCAAUGCGUGGUUCAGGUGAUUUUGGAAUCAUUUGUGACAUUUGUGAAUUAAUGCAAUUUAUUGAUAUUAAUAUUGAAUUUGCUGGUGGAUUUGCUUGGUUUGAAACUGGUGGAAAAGGAAAUAAUCGAUAUGAACGAAUAAGUGCUCAGCCUGGACCAAAACCUUUAGGUGCAACUGAAGAACCUUUAAUGAGUGCAAAUGCAGAUGGAUUCCAUUCAGCUGGUGUUUCACACGGACCAACAAUCAUCAAUUCUUUUUUUACUCGAAUGCCCGAUGAUGGUAUUGCUAUACAUGGUGAAUAUCAAAUGAUUAGACAAAUCAAUCAAAAUGUAAUCAUAUGUAUGAGAAGAUGGGCAGGUAUACCAUAUGCAAUAGGUGAUCGUGCAGCUGUUGUUGGUGAAGAUGGUAUUCCUCGAGGUGAAGCUCGUGUUCAACAACUUCGAACUUUACCUGAUGAUUAUCUUUCAUCGAUUGAUUCACCUUGGCCUCACUUUCAAAAUAAUCAUUAUUAUUUUGAAUUAGAAUUGGACACAAAUUUGAAUGGAACUAUUAGUUCUAAUGAUUUUAUUUCGAAUAUUGAGAGUACUGGUUCUGGUUAUGUUUUAAAAGAAAAUGUUAUUCUUAAUCAUCGUGCUCGUGGAAUGUUAUUAAAAGCACAUGAUGGACUUAUUGAAUCAAACUUAAUUAAUGGAAGUUCAAUAUCUGGUCUUGUUAUGCAACCAGAAUUUUGGUGGGGUGAAGGAAAUUAUGCAGAAAGAGUUAUUAUUCGAAAUAAUACUUUAAUUAGAUGUGGUUAUGCCACAACGGGAUCUUGGACUCAACAAGCAGGUGUUUUAACUAUUUAUGGAACAGGAACAUCAUCAGUUGCUUAUGGACAUCAUACAAUAACUAUUGAAAAUAAUUUCUUUAUAGAUAAUGAUGGUGUACAAAUGGUACUUGAUGGAUUAAAAAAUGUUUUAAUUAAAAGAAAUUAUUUUACCAAUGCACAACAUAAAGUAAAUAAUCGUGGAAGUGAUCAUGGUAUAGAUGGUGGAGCAUUAGUACAUAUCAAUCGAGCUCAAUCAUUGACAUUGGAAGAUAAUCGAGCAUGGUGUUUAGGUGCUGCUCAUAGUAAACCUUUACAAGUGACAUAUUUAUCCACACAAAUAAUUGGUAUGCUCGAUGGAAUUAUUGUAGACAACCAUUGUUGA